AUGUCUACACUGGAGGCUUCGACUGUUUUACACAGCCAUAGUUCACCGACUUCAGUUUUGGCUUCCAUUCUUCACCUAACCAUUGCUUCGCUUCCUUCAUCCCCCUCUACAGCUGCUCCGGUUCCAUCUUCCUCCAACCACCAACCACCGGCUACGGCGACCACUCCUCCUCCUUUCUCUCUCUCCCUUGCUCGCGCUCUCGAUUUUUCUCUCUCAAACACCCACAGGUAUUUGCUGGAGCAAAGCUUAUCAGUGGACAAUCUGUUUGUCUUUGUUAUGAUUUUCAAGUACUUCAAAGUGCCAAUCAUGUAUCAGGUGCUGUAUAACUGUUUUUUAGACUGUUUGGUAGCUCUUCCCAUUGCUGCUAGACAACAGAUAGCUGUUGUGUCGUUGUUUUUCGAAGUGCUUGAUAGCUUCUUUGACUACAGCUUAGCUAAGUCCGAUUAUGCAUAG